UUAAUUAAAGCUUUGAGGAAGGAAAGAAUGGCUUGAAUGAAACAACCACCAGGCAAGCGAUCCAAAAUAUUUUUCUCUACCUCAAAGAUCCCCAAACCCCUCACAGACUACGCAUUUUGGAAAAAACAAAGAUGGCAGAUCACAUUUGAUUGAUGCAUAAGCUGAUGUACCCUGUGAACAGCCAUAUAGAUGUUUGGAGUUCAGCAGAAGCUUUACUCAGAACAGGUCUCUCGUGACUUGUGGAAGGACCCAUACUGAAGAGAAAUUACCAGUGCUCCUCAUCUGACAAAAGAUUUAGCAUGCACACCAAUCUGCUGAUACACAAAAACACUCACAAUGGGGAGAAACCAUAUGAGUGUCUAUAUUGUGGGAAAAGUUUUCUGCAUAAUUCCAAGCUGGUGAUACACCAGAGGACACACACGGGAGAGAAACCAUAUGAGUGUCCAGAUUGUGGGAAAAGAUUCAGUCAGAAUUCAAACCUGAUGAUUCACCGGAGGACUCACACUGGAGAAAAACCAUAUGAGUGUCCGGAUUGUGGGAAAAGUUUCCAGCAGAAUUCUAAGCUUUUGAUACACCAGAGGACUCACACGGGAGAGAAACCAUAUAAGUGUCCAGAUUGUGGGAAAGGUUUCAAUUGGAAUUCCGAGUUGGAAAUACACCAGAGGACUCACACUGGAGAAAAACCAUAUGAAUGUCCGGACUGUGGGAAAUGUUUCAGUCGGAAUUCCCACCUGGUGGAACACCAGAGGAUUCAUACAGGAGAGAAACCAUAUGAGUGUCCAGAUUGUGGAAAAAGUUUCCAGCAGAAUUCCAAGUUGGUGUUACACCAGAGGACCCACACAGGAGAGAAACCAUAUGAGUGUCCUGAUUGUGGGAAAAGUUUCAAGCAGAAUUCCAAGCUGGUGAUACACCAGAGGAGUCACACAGGAGAGAAACCGUAUGAGUGUCCUGAUUGUGGGAAAAGUUUCAGUCAGAAUGCCAACCUGGUGAUACAUCAGAGGAUUCACACAGGAGAGAAACCAUUUGAAUGUCCUGAUUGUGGAAAAG